AUGACUCUCGUUCUUCCGGCCAUCAAGGUCCUCGGUGCUGUAGUGGCCCUUCUCGUGGGCGUUAUCGUGCUCUUCUUGCUCAACCAGAUCCUGGGUGCGGUGUACCGUGCUACGAUCGGCGAGUGGUUCUCCGCCUGGAAGCACAUUCCCAAGGUGAAGACCACGGACCCCUUCUCCCUCUUCUUUGGUGACUUCCGUGCCAUCAAGGCCGCCCAGCCUGGUGAACAGCACGUCGAGUGGAUGCACAAGCUCGGCCCCAUCUACCGCUACCGUCACAUGUUCUACGUUCAGCGUGUGCUGCUCGCUGACCCCAAGGCUCUUGUCCACGUCCUGAGCCCUGCCAAGGCGUACCAGUUCCCCAAGCCUGAGUACACCAGUGCUUUCCUCACUGCUGCUCUCGGUGAGGGUCUUGUGUCGAUCGAGGGUGAUGCUCACCGUCGCCAGCGCAAGAUCAUUGCACCUGCCUUUGCUCCUAGCGUCGUGAAGGAGUUCUACCCCGUUGUCCACCGCCACGCUAAGCUGCUCACCGACAAGCUCGAAAUUAUUGUCGGACAGGUCAUUGCUCGCCAGCAGGGCAAGCUCCCCAAGGACACGCUCUUUGUCGGUGAAACUCCUCCUGACCGUGACUUCAAGGUGCAGGACCCGAAUCACCAGGCUGUGGUGGACACGCUCUUCUGGCUCUCGCGCACGACCCUUGACAUCAUCGGUGAGAUCGGCUUCAGCGCCGACUUUGAGGCCAUUGAGAGGGGUAAUGACCACCCCCUUGCCAACGCCAUGGCUACGCUAAUUGGUGCCAUUCUUGACAUUGAGCUCACGACCGCCAUCUAUAUCAUUCUCUCGGAGAAGCCCGGCCUGAAGUGGCUCCGUUACCUGCCCAGCAAGCGUAACAACCGUCUCCGUGAGUCGCAGCAGAUUGUGCGUGAACACGCCACCAAGAUCAUUGCCAAGAUGAAGGAUGAGAUUCUUGCCGAAGCCAAGGACGGUGUCACUUCGGAUGUGCUCCGCCCCAAGUCGGUCAUCUCGCGCAUGGUCCGUGCCAACAUGUCGACCGACCUCAAGCCCUCGGAGCGCAUGUCGAACGAGGAGCUUAUGGGCCAGGUUACCACAGUCAUCAUUGCCGGUCACGAGACGACUGCCACCCAGAACACCUGGGCUCUUUGGCUGCUUGCCAUGAACCAGGACGUCCAGGACAAGCUCCGCAAGGAGCUCCAGGACCAGGCUGCGAAGGAGGCUGCCGAGAUUGACAUGCUUACCGAGGAGGAGCGUGCCAUGUACGAGUACCAGCCCGUGCGCGACGUGAACUCGCUGCCCUACCUCGACAAGGUCGUCAAGGAGUGUGUGCGUAUGCUUCCCUCCGUUCCCAGCACUGUCCGUGUUGCACUCAAGGACGAGGUUGUUCCCCUGUCGAAGUCGUACAAGCGCGCUGACGGCAAGGGUACCUACAACUCGAUCGUCAUCCCCAAGGGCCACGAGCUCUUCAUCCCCCUCAACUGCAUCCAGUUUUCCAAGGAGAUCUGGGGCGAAGAUGCGGAUGACUUUAACCCCGACCGUUGGGACAACCUUCCUUCGUCGGUCAUCAACGCCAAGAUGCCCCCGGGUCACACCUUUGCUUUCCUGUCGGGCCCCCGUUCGUGCAUUGGUAAGCAGCUUGCCAUUCAGGAGACGCAGGUGCUGCUUGCUCACCUGCUCCUCAAGUUCAAGUACGACGUCGUGCCUGGUUGGGACCUAAUUCAGCGCCAGCAGGUCGUGCGUCGCGCUUUCGUCGACGGCCAGAAGGAGCACGGCGUGCGCAUGCCUCUCAUCCUCACGCCGGUCGAGUAA